UGCCCCCCAUCGCAAUUUGGGAGAGAGGCUAGAAUGGCUGACAGCCUCCCACUCGAACUUCUGGAUCGUGUAUUUGACCACCUGGGGGUCACAAACUACUACGGUCGGCGAUCAAUCGCUCGCAGUGGACUUGUCUGCAAGUCUUGGGGUGUCGCCAGUCGAUACCAACUCUUUCGAGACGUCACCCUCAACGAGCGUAAUAUGAUCUCGUUCCUAUCUGUAACAUCCAAGUCCUCUUUCCCCAUCCCAGGCGUCAUUCGCAGUCUAGAGCUUGCUUCUGGCCGGGAGGACCGGGCGCUGAGCAUGAAUAUACCCCGACUAGGGGCGCUGCCUCUCAUAACCACACUGCGUGUAACGAUGAAUGAGCGGGUGUUUGCCAAAAACCUUCCUCUCCUCAAAGAGCUUUUCCCUGGCGUCCUCAAUCUGACGUUGCUCAACAGCGACUUGUCACUCGCCACCAUCCUUACUGCAGCUGACUCCUUCGAGAAACUCAAAUCGCUUACACUCUCGUGGGUCUAUAUACCCAACCACGAGCUACCAACAGUAAACAAUGCCCAUCCGAAUUGGAGCAGUCUCUUUGUCGACCUGGUCUCUCACCCUCGGCCGGAGAAAAAAGACCGGAGCCAGGAGAUUUACAACUCUGACCCACCACCAGUAAUAACAACAUCCGAACACCUGUUUGCGGCACUCCUUAAACUGAAAUCGCCUCCUGAUCUCACCGCCCUCUCAGUGCGAGCCUACGACCCAAGUAAAGGCGCAGAGUUCGGCGCGUUUUUGAAAAAACAUGGAAACCAACUGCAACGACUGACGAUCGAGACUGAGAGACACGAUUUUGAACAUUUGCCUGCCCUCACCUUCUGCACGGCUCUUCGCGAGCUCAAGGUCGUCUUCAACUUUCAUGGACAUACGCCUAUGAGCCAAAAGAUCCUCAAAACCCUGCAAAACGUGGUUGCGCGCUCGCUCAAGACAAUUACUUUCGUCGACCUCUACGGCGCCCCCACCCGCGUCAGCGAUGAGAAUAAAUGGAGCGAUAUCGACGAACUACUAUCCCAAGACGAAGUAUUUGUGAGCCUAGAGCUGUUCAUGUUCAAAACCAGCAACGAGUCUGUGGGCAAUCAGGUGGCUUCAGAGAUGCAGUUAUGUACAAAGCGAGGAAUUUUUCGAGUGGAAGGGCUAUAA